UUUAGUCCAAUCCAAAACCAAACAGCUGCUACGCUUUCUCCACCCGCGCGAACCCUCUCCACUCCCGCUCGACUCUUGAUCCUACCCGAAUGCGUCGCCCCUCUCGCCAAGAAUUCGUCCUUCGUCACCCUUCUCUUCAGGCAUGAUAAGUGGCAGCAGAAUCUUCAGUCUUAUCCAACAAUCGUGGAUUCCAUCGCCCGGCAAACUGUCCCUGCUUCGGCCAAGAGGAAAAGAAUACCAGCUAUCAAGAGUUACCCUUCCUACAUUGCACGGGCAGGGUGUUUCUUUUCAGUAUUUUCAGCGGAACAUACAUUCAGCUAUUGGGGAAGUUAUUGAUAGUGGUCAUGCUUUUGUAUAUCAUGUUGGCUCUAAGGAAAAACCUUUGGAAACACUAGAAACAGUUGGCGCAUUUCAGAAGCUGCCAAUGGUGAUGCCUUCAGCGGAUAUACUUUCUUCUGCACUAAGAAAGACAAAAAAUAUUGCUGCUACAAAGGGUAUUGCGAACAUUGCCAAGCGAGAGAGAAAUAAAGGUGCAAAGCAACUUGAUGCAUUAAUGAAAGAAUUAGCCAUUCCUCUCCGAAUGUACGUUGAGAGUUUUCCUAAAAAGCGGUACUUGCAUCCAUAUGAGAAAUCACUUAUUCAGUUAACUUUUGGAGAUGGCAGUUACGAGGAGGUAUUGAAAAGGGUAGAUGAUCUCAGAAAGAAGCUCUUAUUCGUUGGAAAGAAGCAUGCAGCCCUUUGCGCCCAGUCCAUAUCUAAGCGUGAAGCUGAAGAAAGAUUAAGUGAGGGUCUUAAGAAGCUCGAAGAAGUUUUCAAACUUGAAAAAAAUGCUGUUGACAAUUUAUUACAUGUGGCAAAGGUGCUACGUGCCAUGCCUGUGGUGGACCUAAAGAUACCAACUCUUUGCCUUGUUGGAGCACCCAAUGUGGGGAAAUCUUCCCUAGUUCGCAUACUUUCGACAGGAAAACCAGAGGUUUGCAACUAUCCUUUCACCACAAGGGGAAUUCUGAUGGGACACAUCGUUGUAAACUAUGAGCAUUUUCAGGUUACUGAUACACCAGGUCUACUCAGAAGACAUGAUGAUGACAGGAACAAUUUAGAAAAGUUAACGCUCGCUGUACUGGAACAUUUACCUACUGCUAUAUUGUAUGUUCAUGAUCUCACAGGAGAAUGUGGGAUCUCUCCAGCUGAUCAGUUCGUCAUAUACAAGGAUAUCAAGGGAAGAUUUGGGGAUCAUCUUUGGCUUGACGUUGUCUCUAAAACUGAUCUAAUGCAAGAGCUGCCUAUAGAUGGAAUUUUAAAGGAUGAUGGUGAUGAUGAUGAUGAUGAUGCCAUUAGAUACAAAGAAUUUGGACCAGACGAUGCGAUAUGGGUUUCAGUGAAGACCGAAGCUGGUAUCAGUGAGCUGAAAUCUAGAGUUAAAGAUCUGCUCACGUCCCAGAUGGCUAGGAUCAGAAGUGGGAACUCCAACCAUUCAGAAUGCGAAAGCUGAGGUUUGAGAAAUGGUCAUGGUCUUGCAGAGUGAGGUUGAUUGGUGUUUCCAUGUUUUAUUUUGUUGCAUAUUUUCUUUUAUUUUUUUGUAGCGGUUGAAAGAUAGAUUAAUGUAUUGGGUAAUCUCUUGGUUAUUGUAAAUCAAAGUUUGAUGAAUAUAUAUAGAGUAAAAAAUUUUGAUGUAUAUGAUUCAUAGUUGGUUUUGCUGCGCUGAUUUAUAUUGAAUGAAUUUAUAGAA